AUGGUGAUCGACACUCUACACGACGAUCACCGCCGCUACCUAUUCUCCGACGCGACGAAGGACGAAGCUCCGGUAACAACACCGACAGUACCAGCGCCACCAUCACAUAAGCAUAAGCCACGAAAGGAAUUUCACUAUCGCGGCGUACGUAAGAGGCCAUGGGGACGCUUCGCCGCUGAGAUUCGUGAUCCAUGGAAGAAAAGUCGGCGGUGGCUAGGCACAUUCGAUACGGCGGAGGAGGCCGCUCGAGCCUACGACGAAGCCGCCUUCAGCCUCCGUGGUGCGAAGGCGAAGAUGAACUUCUGCGUCAGCCUCACCGCAUUUUCACCGCCGGUAGUAGAGAAGAAAGACGUGCAAAGUAACUUUUCUGCGUUGUUUUAUCAUCCCUCCAGUGGUAAUGAUGGUGUAAAUUUAGAUAGCGAGGAAGAUCGAAAAUUAAGGACAUCGAAGAAGCCGUUUAUGUUUGAUCUGAACUUGCCGGCGCCACUCAUUUGA